UCUACAUCGCUAAAUCCUUCGCAUCAAAAGCUCCACAGAAACACACAAGAAAAAAGUAAAAGGAAGACGAACACAGCGAUAAUCUCUGCAACAACACCGAAACCCUAAUUUCUUAAUUUCAAUUAUCCUCGUACUCAUCAUCAGCUCUUUUCCAAUCUCUAUAAUUUGAUGGCGGGGUUGAGUAUAACACAUCAACUCGGAUCAUUAGCCGGAAGCCCAAUUCAAUCAUCAUCAGAUUCCGGAUUAGAUGCAUCAACAUCAUCGGCAGUGGUAAACGCAGCAGCAGUUUGGAAAUCACCUCAAACAAAUCUACGGUGUAGAAUUCAAGGAGGAGGUACAGAGAUCGAGGCAUUAUCACCACCGGUAAGUCCUUGUAGAUCCCCCGGAUUAAACGGAAUCAGAGCUGAUCUAACGGUUGCUUGUCAAGCAUUUACAACAAUAGACAGAGAAAUGGAAAUGAUGAUGCCUCAGAUAGAAGAAGAAAUGAUGAAAACGAGGAAAUUUAAAGAGGGGGGUGCGCAGGAUAAGGAGAAAGGGGUGCCGGUUUAUGUCAUGAUGCCAUUAGAUAGUGUUAAUAUGAAUAAUGGUGUAAAUAGGAAAAAAGCUAUGAAUGCUAGUUUAUCAGCCCUUAAAAGUGCUGGGGUUGAAGGAAUUAUGAUGGAUGUAUGGUGGGGAUUAGUUGAAAGAGAUGGUCCUGGUGUUUACAAUUGGGGUGGAUACAUCGAACUCAUGGAAAUGGCUAAAAAGCAUGGUUUGAAAGUUCAAGCUGUUAUGUCUUUUCAUCAAUGUGGUGGCAAUGUUGGUGAUUCUUGCACUAUACCUCUGCCAAGGUGGGUGACAGAAGAAGUGGAUCAGGAUCCCGACUUGGCAUAUACAGAUCAGUGGGGAAGGAGGAAUUAUGAGUAUAUAUCCCUUGGUUGUGACACCCUUCCAGUACUAAAAGGAAGAACUCCAAUUCAGUGUUAUGGUGACUUCAUGCGUGCUUUCAGAGAUCAAUUUAAACAUCUUCUUGGUGACACCAUUGUGGAAAUCCAAGUAGGAAUGGGUCCUGCUGGAGAGCUUAGAUAUCCGUCUUACCCAGAGCAAAAUGGUACAUGGAGGUUUCCUGGAAUUGGAGCUUUCCAAUGCUACGACAAGUACAUGAUCAGUAGCUUGCAAGCUGCGGCCAAUGCUGCUGGGAAAUCUGAAUGGGGAAGCACUGGCCCUAGAGAUGCAGGUGAAUACAACAACUGGCCAGAAGAUACCCCAUUUUUCCGUCGUGAAGGUGGUGGUUGGGAUAGUCAGUAUGGUGAAUUUUUCCUCACCUGGUACUCCCAAAUGCUCUUAGAUCAUGGUGAGCGCAUAGUAUCAUCUGCAAAAUCUAUCUUUGAAACUACAGGAGUUAAGAUCUCUGUGAAGGUCGCAGGGAUCCACUGGCAUUAUGGCACCAGGUCGCAUGCCCCAGAGCUCACGGCAGGAUAUUACAACACGCGCUUUCACGAUGGGUACCGACCGAUUGGACAGAUGUUGGCACGUCAUGGGGCGGUCUUCAAUUUCACUUGCAUAGAAAUGCGUGAUCAUGAACAGCCGCAAGAUGCACAAUGUGCUCCAGAAAAGCUCGUAAAACAAGUUGCUUUGGCAACAAGAGAAUUUGGGGUUCCUCUUGCAGGUGAGAAUGCAUUGCCACGUUAUGAUGAGACUGCCCACGAUCAAAUAUUGAAUGCUGCCUCGUUGAAGUUUGAUGACUCAGAAAACGAGAGUGAAAUGUGUGCUUUUACAUAUUUGAGGAUGAACCCGGAUUUGUUCCAACCAGAUAAUUGGAGAAAGUUUGUGUCAUUCGUGAAGAAGAUGAAGGAAGGGAAAGAUGCAAAUCGAUGUUUAGAACAGGUUGAAAGGGAGGCCGAACAUUUUGUUCACGUCACUCAACCCUUGGUGCAGGAAGUUGCUGUUGCUCUAAUGCACUAGAGUGAAAGGGACAUAUAUUUACAUCCACUAGGCUGUUAGAUGUCACCAUAUAGACCUUUUCUCUCUUUAUAUAUUUCAGUAGGAAAGGGGGAUGCUAAAAUCAUGUCUGCAAUAGGAGCACGCCUCAGUUAAACUAAAUGUACUUGUAGGGAAAAUAAUUAACGGAGAGGGUGAAUGUCAGGGUGACUACCUUUCUCCGUCUUCCCGCUUACCUUACAGCGUGUUGUGUAGUGCUGUGCUGUGUUCGUGUAUUAGGUAUCAAGUAGUGUUGUGUUCCAAUUUCUUUGAAGUUCGUACUUACAGGGGGCUAGUUGAUACAGAAUAAUUAUACCGUAACAAUAAUAGUAAUAAUAGUAGGUGCUGUAUUUCGCUGUAAUCCUGAGCUAGAAGAAGAUAAAUUACAGUAUAUUCUUCUUGCUUUUAAUCGCUUAGUGAAGUAAAAGAAUCAAUUUGAACAAUUCGAGUGA